AUGCAGACACUCAGAGAAAGUGCUUGGUUUGGACUACCACGCGAUAAAAGGAGUAUAUCCUGGCUGAUUCUAUUGGAUAUAAUAGGACCAUCUACUACAGAGAUAGAUAAUGAUAUACGGAGUAGGUGUAAGGCGUACGAACAGUUGAAUAAGCAGGGUAUGAGAAUGAACAGUCCAGAGAUACUUCUGUCACCACUUACACACGAUAAAGUACAUAAACAGAUAAGUAAAGAUGUACUACGGAUAGAGUGUGAUGUGCGUGGUAUAAAUACGUCUGAGUGUUAUAUUAAAGCAAUGAGUAUUUUCUCACGGAGGUAUCCUGUUAUAAGCUAUGUCCAGGGGAUGUGUGAUAUUUUUAAGAUGUUCAUGGACGUACACUCACUCACGCAUGAAAUAGGAACAGCUGAAGCACUCGCAUACUUAUGCUUUGAGAAGAUUAUUGGUAAGUAUUUAGACCACUUCUCAUCGCAGCAGGCAGGUAUUGAAAGAUCAAUCCAGGAGAUAGAAGAUCUUCUGAUGAAGCACAGGCCUGUCCUUAUGAAGUAUCUGUAUAAGCACUCUGUAGAGGUAAAGUACUUUGCGUAUAACUGGAUGUCCACUUUCCUGAUGAGAGAGUUUCUGCAGCAUAAGGAAAUAUUCGAUGCCCACUUUUCUUUGGGCGUAGAGGAGUUUCUUCGGUUUAAUAUCUCAUUCGCGGUUUCUGUGGUGAUACACCUGCAGAAUAUUCUUAUGGAAAGUGAUUUUGAAGGGAUUCUGCACACACUGCAGCACAUCCAGGAAAUGCACUGGGAGAGGAAAGAGGUUCAAAAAGUACUUUCUAUGUGCUAUAUUAUAUAUUCGGGUGGUACUCUUUGUGAGGAGUUAAAUAAAAGUAAAUAGAAAC